UUCCUUCCGAUUCCCUUCUACCAAAGAAAGCCUCAUUGAAAGGGGCAAUUCUUGUAGUUUUUAAUGGUUUUAUAUAUCCCCUUUUGUUUAUAGAGGCUAUUCGUUGGUACCAUUUUAUCACCAUUGAAGAGCUCUCUAUCUCUAUCCAUGGCGUAAGCUGCUACCUGCGAAGAUUGGCAACUUUUUGGUGUGGGAUGAUGGGACAAUAUACUACUACUGCAGUGAGUUAUGUUCAAGGGACAAUAUUAUCUUCCAAUAAUUAUAGUUUUCAUGGGUUUUCCACCAAACCCCAGGUGCUAAUUCAGUAUAAUAAGUCAAUCUUAUAUCAUGGGAAAUUUGCCAAGUUUAAAAGAAAUGGAGGGCUUUCAUCUUCAUGGUCAUGGCUAGGGUCCUUAGAGCUGUCGAGUAAUGGUGUAAACAGCUUCCGUAAGGCCAAAGUUCUUGACAAGGAGGAAGGAUUUCCACCCAUCCAAACUCUUCAAAGAUUUCCUACGGGGGAGCUUUCUGCAAAAGUUGUCAUGGUCAGAUUUGAUUCUUCCAUCCUGCUUCACCAGAAGCUUGACCAAUCUGUCUCAAUAAUUUCCAAUGCAUUAUUAACCAUCAGAUAUAUAUAUGAAGCUGGAGCAAAGGUAGUUUUGACUAGUAGCUGGAAUGUCAAAUGCAAUUCCAAGGUUUUGUCUGAAGAGGCUGUUGCAGAAUUCCUUUCAUCAGUGCUCCAACUCAGAGUUGUCCCUGGUAAAUGUAUUUCUGCACAUCAGCAGCCAGCAGCGGAACAGUUUGAUGAAGGCGAUAUAAUUCUUUUUGAAAAUCUUUCCAAGUACAAACAAGAAAUUGCCAAUGAUUCAGAAUUUGCUAGGAGAUUAGCAUCCGGGGUUGAUAUUUUUGUCAAUGAUUCGUUUUCAACAGCUCAAAAAAUUCUUGCAUCAACUGUUGGAGUGACCCAGUUUUGUUAUGCUUGUCUUGCUGGUUUUUACUUUGAAGAGUGUUUGGACAAUAUGAAGAAGAUUACAGAAUGUGACAAGACUCCCUGUGUUGCAGUGAUAGGAGGUGGAAAUCUUAAAGACAAGGCAGCAGCCUUGCGCGUUUUAGCUUCUAAAUGUGAUGGUUUGGUAUUUGUGGGGAUGAUGGCGUUACAAAUCAUGCAUGUCUUGGGAAUGCCUGUUCCUCUGUAUUUGGUUGAGCACCAAGCAGUCAAGGAAGCUCAAGAAAUAGUAAGGUAUGCCGAACGUAAAAGCAUUCCUAUUCUAUUGCCAAGUGACUUUUUGUGCAAGCAUAGGCACCUGCAGAUGCAAGUGGAGACAUUUUCUGCUCAAAAUAUCUUGGAUGGUUGGGAACCUGUUGAUCUGGGAUCAAACUCAUUCAAUGAAAUUACCACUUUUCUUUCAAGAUGUAAGAAGAUUAUAUGGAUUGGUCCUGUGAAAGUCAGACAGUCUCAUGAGAAUAAUGAUGGUGACUCUAAACUAGCACUUAUUCUUGAUAAAGUAAGCCAAGAUGGUUGUCAUGUUACAAUCGUUGGGCAUAUGGCAUGUGAUGCAGUUCUUCAGAUAUCAAGAUCUGCACCGGUACAUACUAUGAUUGAGCAUGCAUCUGUUGUUUGGGAAUAUCUGAAAGGAAGAAAUCUUCCCGGCCUUCUAGCAGUGGAUAGAGCAUACCCAUCUGAGAUAGAGUGGAAUAUGAUUUACCCUGAUCCUUCUCAAUCUCUGGCAGUUGAUAUAGGAAGCGGAAAUGGAUUAUUUCUCAUGGGAAUGGCUACGAUGCAAAACGAUUUAAAUUUUCUUGGUCUAGAGAUCAAUGAGAAGCUGGUCACACGUUGUCUGGAGUCUGCAGAUCAAUCUGGACUGAAGAAUCUACACUUCAUAGGAACAAAUGCCACAUCAUCAUUUCGGACCAUUGUUUCCAGUUAUCCAGGGCGACUUGUUCUUGUUUCAAUUCAAUGUCCCAACCCUGAUUUCAAUGAGCCGGCGCAUAGAUGGAGGAUGGUGAAAAGGUCACUAGUUGAAGCCAUAGUCGAUGAGCUUGCUCCUGGUGGAAAGGUAUUUCUUCAGUCAGAUGUUGAACAAGUUGCAAUGAGAAUGCGCAAGCAAUUCUUAGAUGAUGGAAAGAGAAAGCUUGUCAUUGUCUACGACGAUAAGAAUAAGAUAGCUGGCCUAAGAGGAUGGCUUCAAGAAAAUCCAUUUGGAGUUCGGUCUGAUUGGGAACGCCAUGUCCUUGCUCGUGGGGCUCCUAUGUAUAGGUUGAUGUUACAAAAGAUAGCUGCUGAUACAACUGUGGUAAAUUGAUGGAUAGGGUUUAAUCUAACAAAUUUUGGUAAAUUGAAAGGAAAAAAUAUGUAUAAAACACACCUUUAUGUGUUACAUUGUACUUUACAAGAAAAUACACAAUAAUGUAAGACAUCUAUUACUAUAUACACCAGGAAUGACACGUGUCAAUUCCUGGUGCGAUUUUUUCCCGCCAAAAAUCACUUUCCCAAAAAAGUUCAUCUAUUUUAUUUUAUUUUU